AUGCUAUUUUUCAUUGCUACGGCACUGAUGCAAUUGGCAUUCGUGCUCGGCUUCGACGCCAGCGCCAAAUCUAACGUCGCUGUGUACUGGGGUCAGGCCUCGGCUGGCUCACAGGAUUCCCUGGCUUCUUACUGCCAAUCCUCUGAUGUGGACAUCGUGCUUCUUUCGUUCCUCUAUUCUUUCCCUGAUCCAGUCAGCCUUGACUUUAGCUCGGCCUGCUCUUCGACAUUCUCCGACGGAGUCUUGCACUGCGAUCAGAUCGGCGAAGACAUCAAGACCUGUCAAAGCUUGGGCAAAAAAAUCAUGCUCUCCAUGGGUGGAUCCGUGGGCUCUUACGGGUUCUCCAGUGACUCGCAAGCGGAAGACUUUGCUACCACCUUAUGGAACACCUUUGGUGGUGGUUCUGGCUCAGAACGUCCAUUUGACGACGCUGUUGUCGAUGGAUUCGAUUUCGACAUUGAAAACCAGAAUCCAACUGGUUAUGCUGCCUUAGCUAAAAAACUAAGAGAGUACUUCAACUCUGCCUCCAAGGCCUACUACUUAUCUGCUGCUCCACAAUGUUUCUACCCCGAUGCUUCUGUCGGCGAUCUUUUGAACAAUGCCGAUAUUGACUUCGCCUUCAUUCAGUUUUACAACAAUUACUGCAACGUCGAUGCUCAAUUCAACUGGGAUACCUGGACUCAAUUUGCCGCUUCAGCUCCAAACCCCAACAUCAAACUUUACUUGGGUCUGCCAGGCUCAUCAAGUGCCGCUGGUUCUGGUUACAUUUCAGAUUUGAGCAAGAUCCAGUCCACAGUUGACACUAUCAGCGAAAGUAAUAACUUCGGUGGUAUCAUGUUGUGGGACGCUUCUCAGAGCUUCAGUAAUAAGGUUGAUGGUGAAAGCUAUGUGGCUCAAAUGAAGAGCAUUUUGAGUUCUGUUGGCUCCUCGGUGGCUCAAAGCUCAAACUCUCAAGUGAGUGCUUCGUCUACUGUGUCUGCAGCUGCUUCAAGUUCAUCAUUGAGCGUUUCUUCAGCUCCAAUCACGUCUUCAACUACCUCGAGCGCUUUAGUCGCUAGCUCAAAAGCAACUGGAUAUAGCUCAUCGCAGGCUCAGAAGUCCUCCACCUCAGUCUCAUUGCUAAGCUCUGGUGUCUCUUUUUCGAGCACUCCUGCCUCUGCGCUUUCAGGAUCCACAUCUGUUGCUCAUGGACACGGUACUCAACAAUCUUCAAGCACACCCGUUAUUAUGUACACCACCACUGUCUCGUCGGCGGGUAGUGCAGUGACAACCGAGAUAACGCAGUCUACCGUUUUGCAAACAAUCUGUACUUCGUGCUCGUCUCCAUCUGCCCAAGCUACCACUGUUACAACGCAUAAUGUAAGGUCUACGACCUUGACCACCACAACCUGUGCAUCUGGUACUUGUGUUCCAGAUUCGAUCACAACUGAAGUUGUUCAACCAACGGUGCUAACUACAACAACCUGUGCGUCUGGUACGUCUACUCCAGCAUCUGCUCAAGGUUCCGAUUCGGAAUUCGUUACGACUGAAACUGUUCACCCAACGGUACUAACUACAACAACCUGUGCGUCUGGUACGUCUAUUCCAGCAUCUGCUCAAGGUUCCGAUUCAGAUUAUGUUACCACCGAAACUGCUCAUUCAACUGUGCUGACUACAACGACCUGUACAUCUGGUACGCCUACCCCAGCACCUACCCAAGGUUCUGAUUCAGAUUACGCCACCACUGAAACUGUUCAUCCAACCGUACUCACUACGACAACUUGUUCUACUGGACCAGGUUUAAGUACUACAACUUUGGCGCCAACGGUGGUUCCUUCUUACGCCCCAACUGCUACGUCAGCUGUGAACCCAUCCGCAACAGCUUCACCUUCUUGGGCUCACCAAAGAGCAAUUGAAUUGAAUGCCCAAUAUUCUGCCGGCCAGUUGAACGGGAAGUCUACAUGCUCGGACGGCGAGAUUUCUUGUUCCGCUGACGGAAAAAUUGCCAUUUGUGAUCAUGCGAACUGGGUUUACACACAGUGUGCCGAUGGCACAACGUGCUUCGCCUACGACAGCAAUGACACUGUUUACAGUAGUUGUAACUUCUCAUACAUGAAGAGCGUCUUCAUGUGA